AUGGCGCCCACUACCCACAACAACGACUUCCUCGGCAAGGAGCUCAAGUACUUCUCCCAGGCCGGUUUCGACCUUGACCGCAUUCACAUUAAGCGCAACGCCCCCGUCGCUUCGCUUUACGAGGAUGCCAUCAACAACGAGGGUGCCGUUAUCUCGUCGAACGGUGCUCUGAUCAACUUCUCGGGCAAGAAGACCGGCCGCUCCCCCAAGGACAAGCGUAUCGUCUUCGAGGACACCUCCAAGGAUGACAUCUGGUGGGGCCCCGUCAACAUCAAGAUGGACGAGCACACCUUCGAGAUCAACCGCGAGCGUGCCAUCGACUACUUGAACACCCGCGAGAACGUCUACGUCUUUGACGGCUUUGCCGGCUGGGACCCCAAGUACCGCAUCAAGGUCCGCGUUAUCGCCUCGCGCGCUUACCACGCCCUCUUCAUGCACAACAUGCUCAUCCGCCCUACCGCCAAGGAGCUCGCCGACUUUGGAGAGCCCGACUUCAUCAUCUACAACGCCGGCCAGUUCCCCGCCAACCGCUUCACCACUGGCAUGACCUCGACCACCUCGGUCGAGGUCAACUUCAAGCGUAUGGAGAUGGUCAUCCUCGGCACCGAGUACGCCGGCGAGAUGAAGAAGGGUAUCUUCUCCGUCAUGCACUACCUCCAGCCCGUCAAGUUCGGCCAGCUUUCGCUCCACUCGUCGGCCAACCAGGCCAAGUCUGCCGACGGCGAGUCGGGUGACGUUACCCUCUUCUUCGGCCUCUCGGGCACCGGCAAGACCACCCUCUCGGCCGACCCCAACCGUCUUCUCAUCGGUGACGACGAGCACGUCUGGUCCGACACUGGUGUCUUCAACAUUGAGGGCGGCUGCUACGCCAAGUGCAUCAACCUCUCGGCCGAGAAGGAGCCCGAGAUCUUCAACGCCAUCCGCUUCGGCUCCAUCCUCGAGAACGUCGUCUACAACCCCGCCGACCGCGUUCCCGACUACGACGACGUCUCGAUCACCGAGAACACUCGCUGCGCCUACCCCAUCGAGUACAUCCCCAACGCCAAGAUCCCCUGCAUUGCCAACCGCCAGCCCUCGAACAUUAUCAUGCUCUGCUGUGACGCGUUCGGUGUCCUCCCCCCUGUCUCGCGCCUCACCCCCGAGCAGGCCCAGUACCACUUCAUCACUGGUUACACCUCGAAGACCCCCGGUACCGAGGACGGCAUUGUUGAGCCUUCGCCCACCUUCUCGACUUGCUACGGCCAGCCGUUCAUCAUCCUCCACCCCGGCCGCUACGCCUCGAUGCUUGCCGAGCGCAUGUCGAAGAACAACGUCGACUGCUGGCUCAUCAACACUGGCUGGACCGGCGGCAAGUUCGGCACUGGCCGCCGCUGCCCCCUCAAGUACACUCGUGCUAUUGUCGACGCCAUCCACGACGGCACCCUCGCAAAGGCCGAGUUCGUCAACUUCCCCGUCUUCAACCUUUCCAUCCCCAAGGCUCUUGCCGGUGUCCCUUCGGAGAUCCUCGACCCCCAGCAGGCUUGGGCCGACAAGACCGCCUUCAAGGCCGAGGUCGAGAAGCUCGCGGGCAUGUUCAACAAGGCCUUCGCCAAGUACGAGUCGGACGUCUCCAAGGAGGUCGUCGCCGUCGGCCCCAAGGUUUAA